UAUUUUGACGUUUUCCGAGGUGGUGAUUUUCCACUUGUUUCUCCAGGUGUCCCACGAGAUGGUGGUACUGUUGUAGUCCUUUAUGAGAGUCUCCUUCCCGCUCUCAAUGAUCCUGAUGUAGUAGUGGAGAAUGAUGCCGUGGGGAGGGCGUGGCUCUGACCAGGAGAUGAAGUCAUCUCCUGCCCCCUCCCUGAUCUCUAUCUCCUCAACUCUACCUGCAAC